CACAAAAAAUAUUAAAGUUUAAUAAAAGGAGGAUUGCAACUGAUAUUAUUGUAUAGUUCUGUAGUGGCUUUACAUAACAACAAUCGUAUAAAAAUUUAUUAAGACAAACAAUUAUGAAGAUUAUCAUACAGUUUUGUUGGUUAUUUACUGUGCUCAAUGUGGUCGUGUCACAAAUUUUUUAUCCUGCAAUUAGAGUUCAUCAAUUGGCUUUGCUACAAAACGGUAAUGUUACCGUAGUUCCCUUUAUUGAAAGAGCAAGUCCAGCACCAUUAGUACCACGAGAUGCUAGAGGAAGUCGUUUAGUAAUGGCAGCGACACAGGCAACUCCGGCUAUGCAAAAUAAUAAUGAUAAUACAAGUUUAGUUCCGCCCAAUAAUAAUACGAAUCCACCUGAAGGAACAGAUAUACAGUUGGACCUGCGCGGAAACAUAUAAAAUUUGUGUAUAUACUAGUAUUAACAAAUAAUUCUUAUAAUAUGGUUUUAAUUAAAUGCAAUUUUUGUUGUAAUUUUGGUAAAA